AAAAAUCGGAUGGACGAUGGAGGCAGGUAUAGUAAGAGUAACAAAACCUGUACCCAGAGCAGUAAAACUAACGAGCUGAGAAGACGGUACUCACUUGUACGCGCAGAUCAACAGCACACUCAUUAUUACUCUCUAGUUCAGGAGAACACGCGGUUUUAUUUAAUAUUGUAACACCAUUUUAGUGGUUCUUGCUCUAAUGUGCUUCCAUUGUGUUAAGUGAUUGGAAAAUUAACGAUUGCACUCAUCGGUGACGAUUUUUUGGAAUUUUUUGGAUUGACUCAAGAUGAGGUGUGAGUGGAACAAGGCUUUGGUUACGGCGGUCCUGCUUUUCUCUUUGGCUCAAGCUGAUAAAAAUGAGACGCUGGCGAAAAAACCCGAGAAAAGUGAAACCAAGAUCUCCGCGUCCUUAAUCGUUGACAAUAAAACGAUUUCUUCGACAGAAAAGUCGAUAGAGACAUCAAAAAAUUCAAGCGAACAAGUAAUUAGUCGCGAGAACGCUAGAGAGCUAUCGGUCGAACCGGAUCCGGAUGCAGAGCCAAUUUCGUCCGAAGACUCAAUUGACCAUGAAGAAUUGCCCGAAGCCUUACCAGAGGCGCUCGAGCUCAGGAAUUCUAGAGUCGGUACCCGAAGACGGCCUUUCUAUAGACCUCCUAUGCGAAGACCGCCGAAUAGUAAUCGCAGGAAUGUCUUUCCAGAACCUUUAAGAGGAUCAAAACGACCAGUUCGUAAGCCAGCUGAUAGUAAUAAAAGAGAACCAACGACAAGUGACUGUACAUUUUUUGGAAAAACUGUUUGUUUAAAAACUUUAAAUUAUCCACAAGAAGCGAUACUGAGAAGCAUAAGAGGAAACCGAGAUAUGGUUGACCACUUGCUAAAGGAUUACAACAUCCAGCGAGAGGAUAGGAAUGACGACGUCGAAGCUGAUGUAUUCCCACUGGAAACUAGAUACGAGCGGUACGAGAGUAAUGAGAUCAGAAGAAGGUCAGAUUAUCCUUUAGCGAUCGACAAUAACGUUGAAGAAGGUUUUACCUGUCCGUCACAAGUAAUGUAUGCACGACCUCAAUUAGCUAGAGCGGCUUCUGGCGUUUGGAAGUACAUUAUAAAUACUGGUGAUCAUACACAAACAUUGCGGUUAGAAAAAUGCGCAAAACCAAAAUCAAGUUGUUCAUUUAUAUCAGACAAUUACCGCUCAUCCUGUAUUCAAGUGUACAAUUACCACCGACUACUAACCUGGGACAACGAUAUCGGUCUGCACAUUGACAUCUUCAAGAUUCCAUCUUGCUGUAGCUGUCAUGUCCACGGAUACGCUGAAUUGUACCCUCCCUUGCAAAAAGACCCGUCUUUAUCGGGAGAAGAAAAUUUCCCGGGGGCUGAAUUUUCUACUGACCACUCCAAAGGAUUCGAGCGACCUUCCAGUUAUUUGUCGAAGCUACCUUCCACUUAUGACAGUAGUUAUGGAGGAUCAAAACCAUUAGACGCAAGUAGUUCAAAUCACCCAAGUUUCAUCCUGCCCCGACCGCGACCAAAGAAACCAUCAUCUUCUUCCGCCUCGCGGCCAUUUGAUAAACUUCCGCAGCAACAUGCGCCCAAUACUCGAGCGCCAGGAUACAAAGGACCCAUGAAAGUUAGCAAGCGACCCUCAAGACCCAAUCGGCCUUUCAGGAGAGAAUCCACCGAUCUAGACGAAAGUUCUUCGAACACUAACACGAACACCAAUACUAAUCUCACCAACUGGUUCGAGCAAGCUUUCGACCAAGGAACCGAUUCCCAUACAAGGCCCAAUGGAGAAUUCGAAGAUGACUAUGAGGAACCCGGCAGACGCGUUAAUUAUAAUUAUCAUCCGAUUCUUGAGUUCUUUGAGCCAAAAGCUUCCAUGCUGAAAGCUACUGACCCUACGAGUACUCGGAAAUCCUCAAUUGAAUUGACCGCGAAUGGAGAUUCCAAUUCUUGGAAGCCCAUGAUCGCUCUUUAAUUAUAAUUUAUUUUGUCUGAUUAAGUUACCUGAUUGUUUUAUUUUUAAUCUUGAUGUA